UCGAGAAAGGCGGAAGUAUAUUUUGUGUUCAACAGGAAGUAAAGUAAAGUCCAGCAUCAUGUGAAAAACUGUUGUGGAACGGACGGUGCAGCUGAAGGAACAAAACAAAAACAAAGUCGGUCCUAGAUUUCCCGAAGUAGAUGAAAGAUACGGUUGCCGAUAGAGAUGAACGAUCUUUUUCGCACGACGAUCCUUCCGUAGAUUCCACAAACUACAUAUGGAUACCCUGAUAAUGGCGGUAAGACGUUUCUGUGCCUUGUUGCUGCUCUUCUUGAACCCAAUACCAAUGCAGCUCUCUAGAAAAAUAAAACCAUCACCAUGAGUAUUUGUGACUACGCUGACACAGAGGAAAAGUAAAAGAUAGAAGGUACUAGUGGAACCGAUUUUACAUCACACCACCCUCCUAUCUACCACGAAGAAGACAUAAAGAAACCACGUCGAAAUAGAGGCUACCCUCGAACACCUGUGAAAGACAAUUUUCAAACACACCUUCUACAUCUACCCGCAAUCAAUAGAUACACGCAAAUUCAUCUUUCAGUUAGCCGUCGUCCCCACGACAUCAAUACAGUUGUUGGCACAUCGUGUUGAGUUCGCAUGUAGGUCUAAUAAAUAAAGUUACAAGUACGCAGAGAACGACGAUCGGAUUUCGACCCUAAAAUUUCCAACGUCGAAUACAACGAGUAGCUGCCACCUUCCCCCCUCCCGCUCCAAAACGGACCGGAAUCCGGACGACUACCCCUCGUCGCCACACAGGAUGACGGCGAUGUCGGUCUCCCAGAAAGAGCUCGGGGAGCUGAAACGCCCCGGGAGCCGCAUGGUGGCCGGACGCCGUCGUGCCCAGCGCUCGCCGAAAAAGACCAACGCCGGUAUCGUGAUUGUUGAUCUUGAUGGCGUUUAUGCAUGACAAAUCUGAUGAAGGAAGAGUAGGAUCGUCACAGGUCAAUACGAAGGUCAGGGUCUUACAGUUUUGCAUGAAAAGUGCGACAGCUGAUGUUGCAAAAUAAAUGCAACAAGCAGCAGAUGGUUAAUAUCAUAAAUGUAAAUCCCAAAACACAGCCUCCCCGCAAUCCACCACUUCCCCUGGUUCCGAGACCCAGCAGCAGCUGGUUUCCCAGAUUGAAAAGGAGAUGAAAGCGGAGGCGACCGGGAAGCGCGACGAGCAGGGGCGGUUCCAGGCGGCCAAGCAUUUCGAAAACGAGAUUUUUCGCCAGAAGCACGCUUUAUCAAAAUGAAAAAUCCCCCCUCCCCAUAUCAAAACGGAAAUUUGUGAUGCUGAUUUGUGACCACAGAUCAGCUUUGUAUUGCACAGAGGCACUGCGGCCAGAUCCCCAGGCUAGGUAGGGGCGUAUGGGUCUAGUAGUUCAGCAUGGCAAACGGCCCCCCUUUAGGCCAGACAGCAUGACAAAUCGCUUCCAUAAUGGGGCGGAAGCUUCUGCCCUUGUCUUCUUGCAAGACAGACGUGAUUUGUGACCUCAAAUCCGCAACACAAAUUUUUGGAAACAUACCUUUUCAAUAUGGGGAGGGGGGAUUUUUCCUCUCAAUACGCUUCCAAAGCGACCAUGAAGCACAACGCGAAUAUCAACCCGUUGGCCUUUCUAUCCUGUGCAAAAGUAUCGUACUCGUACUAAUCGCAUUCAUGCAUGACAAAUCUCAUUCUCAAGGUAGAUCCGCAUUGCAAAUCUCAUAUUCCCCCUCCCCCGGGGGUAUAUAAAUAGGGGUAGUCAUGCGCGUCUAUCGUACUUUUGACGUCGGUCCAGCUCGGUGUGAGAAUCUCGCGGUCAUGACCAUUGCAGAUCUUCUGCAAACUUGUUGCGGUGCCACGGUGGAUAGCCAUGAGGGAACGUAUUGAGUCUACUCAUGGCUAUUGGCCUCCUUUUUGCAUGUGUGGCUCCUUGGGUCUCCUCUUCACGUCGGUUUGCUUUGUGCCAAGUUCGGUCGUGGGGUUUCAGAGGAAAAUUUGAAAAUCGUAAUCGUGGGGAUAAAUUGCAUAUGGGGCCGUAGAUGUAAUUGUAGGUUGUACAUUGCUAGUUUUCUUCACUUUGUCUCACUUUCCUCGCGAACACUGACAGACUUGAAUGCAGAAUCUUUAGAAUAAUGGCGUCGCCGGGUAUCCCGAUCUCCUCGCCCGAACCCAGACCACCCCUACAGGCCCAGCAACUUCUGCACUUCCUGCACCCAUCCGGGAAGGAGACGGAUAAACCGAAAGCCGGCGCGCGACUGGGGUUCCUGCCUCCUGUACCCCCGGGACCCCCCCCAUUCACGGGAACCCCGCCCCCUCCCCUAUGCACGGGAACCCCGCCCCCUAUCCCCGGAACCCCCUUUAUCCUCACCCCUGUGGACCCCACAGCCCCGGUGGCUACUACGGAGAAGUACGGCAAGAGCAGAGGCAGAGCGGCGACGGGAACGAGAUACGGAACGGAGCGGCAGGAGGGCUCGCGCCGAGCACCUUGCAUGAAAACAAAAGAAAAGCGGAUGAAGAAAUCAAGUCCGCAAAACAUAUUCACGCCAUGGGAGGCCACCAGUGCGAAACCUCCAGCGGAGUUUUUGCCUAACUUAGCCUGCGAUCAUGGUUGUGAAUAGACCCGAAAACUUUUCAUAUCCGGCAACAGUUCGGCGAACAGUCCCAGUACCCCCUGAGUAGCCCCCCCAACUACUCACCCGAGCCCAUGACCCCACUCGUGCUCUGCACCAACAUAGGAGAGGCUCACCUCGCUUCCGGGGGGUGCAAAUUGGUAUCUAACCGACAUUGUGCCAAGAGGAGGGCCUCCCCGGGACCGCCUGGCGAAAGCCUGCCAUGGGUUUCACUGUCCACGGGUGGCGUUGCGGGUAAUCCUGGCGAAAGCCAAAAACCGGCAGAAAAUGGGGCCACGGAAGAGUUCUCGCUGGACAUUACCAACAUUUGCCCAUGCAGAGCCGUCCUCUUGCCGGACACAACCAACAUCUGUCCGAAACAGCCUAGGGCCAAGACGACACCGUGAGGACGACCACAGGGGGCUCGUCUCAAUGAUGAUGAUGAUGCUAAGCAAAUUUGUCAUGCGAUUUAUACUAGUACGAUGCUUUUGCAAUGCAUACUUUCACACGCCGCACUCCAACGGCUUCCGUCACGGGGCGGAAAAGUGAGUGCGAGGUCGUGGUGCUGGUGGUCGAGGUCGAAAUGGUGGUCCAGUAUGUACUAGAUUUUUACAGCGCAGCCUGUUGAACAGGACCACAAACGCAGCGGCCUUAUCUGAUUUUUGCAAAAUUAUCUACUGCCUGAUGUCACAAUCUGAACAAACUACAAAUCUCGGCACUUCCGCCUUCAAAUAUCUGCGUCGCACCAGUGGGCGCACGGUUUUUGUUGGUAAAGACUAGAAGUACAGGGACUUCUUUAUCUGUACUACAAGCGUGUAUUUUUUUUCGAACAAGAACUGAACACUUCACAACAGGAAUGAGCAGCUUGUUAACCUAAUAUUCCAAGAACCACCAUCAACAAAUAAAUGUAAAAGUACAAAAAAAUCACAUGACGGAACAUUUUCCCGGAGCUCUGUUUCAACUUUUGAAGGAUGUAAGUGAGUACAUAAUUCUGGAGAAUUUUGAUCUCACCGCUGAGGACGUGAAGGUUGCACGACACAGGAUAGAAGAGUAUUAGAAAGAAUACAGCUGAUGAUGUGGUCUUCUCAAGACCGAGGCUGUGGGAGGGCUAAUACUUUCUCGGAACACGAAUAGAUGCGGUAGAGAUGAUCGCUAUGUAGAGGACAGCACUCGAACAACUGAACUAAGAAGUAAUUUAUUUCAGGGAAAAAUCCCAAGAGAAUGAGAAAUAAAAGAGAAGUAAACAUGACUAACACCAUUUCACGAAGACACUUUUGUACCUUCUCUUGUGCGGAGAAGUUUCUCUGUGCAGGAUGAACAUAAAGUCUUCGAGAAACCAUAAGUAGAGACGAUGUAUUUUUGGAAAAUGAAAUGAGAAGAUGUUGACACAGAU